AUGCCACAGAGGCCGGGCCCGCCCCCGGGCCGGGAAGUUGGGGUGACAGGGGGCCGCCCAGUCCAGCCCAGUCCAGCCCAGUGCAUCCCAGUGGAGCUGAGCCGAGCCCAGCCGAGCGGUGGGAUGGCAGCGGCCCAGCAAGAGCGGGCCGCGUCCCCUGUUCCCCCGGCGCCCCCGUCGCCCACCCCGUCGGAGGGCAGCGCCCGGCAGCGGCUGCUGGACGAGUGGGGGCCCCGGACCGACCUGCCCGCCCCGCUGCCCCCGCCGGGCCUCACCUGGCAGCUCCUCUACCUCAGCCGCCCGCUCUACCGGAACCUGCUCCGGAGCCCCAACCCCGAGGGAAUCAAUGUCUACCAGCCGGCGCCCCCCAUGCACCCCCAUGCCCAGGCCGUGCCCCUCUCCUCUCUCGGUAAUUUCAGCGGCUGGGAGAUAAGCACUGAGAAGCUGCCGUCCAACUACAGCUGGACGGUGAAGCAGCAGUGCGUUGACCUCCUGGCCGAGGGCCUGUGGGAGGAACUUCUGGACCGCUACCAACCGGACAUCACCGUCAUGGACUGGUACGAGGACAGCCAGCUGGACAUGUCGGUAUACGAGCUACACGUGCGGCUGCUGCGGAGGGACCGGCGGACCGUGGUGAAGGAAUACAACAUCGCGCCCAGGACCAACCCCCGGGGUCCCCCGGGCCGCUGGCUGCAGGUCUCCCACGUCUUCAAAAAGUAUGGGCCGGGCGUCCGCUACGUCCACUUCCUCCACAAGAGCAAGGACCACCAGGGCCCGGAUGGUUUCCACCGGACACGGGUGACCGACAGCUCCGUAUCCGUGCAGCUGAGGGAGUGAAGACCCCCUGCCUUUCCUGCCCCCCGUCUCUGCUCCCUGGGUCGGAGGGGGUGGUCUGUGCCAGCUGGCUGGGAGUAAGGAUCCCCACCCCCUCCCCUCCCACUUCCACACCUUUUUGCUGCUAAAUUUCCAUUGUAUCGAUCCUGAACUGUCCCUAAUCAAUAAUCAUAAUCCCCAACGCAAUCUCCCCGUCGUUCCCCUCUGGAACCUUUCAUUCAUUCAUUCAUUCAUUCAAUCGUAUCAUUUUGUACCCUCUCAAGCGCUUCAUGCCGUACACGU